UGUGAGCGCAAAAUAAAUAGUUCCGCACACAGACCCAGAGAAAAAAGUUCUCAUGCUGGGCUGGACCGAACACCACCCUGAGUACCUAGCUAACGUUACGAGGAUUGGGAGCACGCAAAAGACAGCUAACGUAAACUGGGCUUCAUCAAAUCUGGAGGUCCUUUUAACCCUAUAAGAUUUGCUAGCCAAGCAGCGAGAGAAAUUGCAACUUAUAAUGGCCUCGGAAGAGCUUUAUGAGGUUGAGAGAAUUGUGGACAAACGGAAGAACAAGAAAGGAAAGAUUGAGUACCUGGUGCGCUGGAGGGGCUAUGGCUACGAGGGGGACACCUGGGAGCCCGAGACGCACCUCUCUGCCUGUGUGGAGUUCAUUCACGAUUUUAAUCGGCAACACGGCGAAAGACAGAGAGACAGUACUUUACUGCGCUCCACUCGAAGCACUCCCAGCACGACCCACAGUUCAAGAAACAACGCCCGCAAACAGAUCUGCAGGCCUCAGCCACACAGUGGAGCAGGAAGCCAUGCUCUAGUAAAACCCGGGAAUGCCUCUUCCCCCACCGCAGCAGCUACGGCCAUCUCGAAACCGUUGCCACCACUUGACCCUGGUGUGGCACACACUAGAACGAAUAUGCAGCUUAACUUGAGCCAAAAGUACAGUGUUUCGGCCACCGGUGACAUUUGUAGACCUGGCUUCACAAGUGGGCCUGCGGCUUCUCCGGUGGGCACGGUGCGUCGGAGCAUGGACCUGGCAAAGUCCGGGAUCAAAAUCCUAGUACCCAAAAGCCCCAUGAGCAGCCGGGCGGACUCUGAGUCGUCGCCUAGCGAGGCGGCCCACUGUCUGGAGCAAGGGGGUCAGGAGCAGGACUCUGUGCCCCCAGAGGUAGCCCUUUUGGAAAAGCCUCCAGGGUUGUUGCUGGGGCCUGGGGAAGAAAGAGCGCGCAUGGGGACCCGGCCCAGGAUUCAAAGCCAAAGCCCAUUAAUUCCUCAGCAAGUCCCCAUCACCCCCGCAUCAAUACGCACACUCAAUGGGAAAGGUACAUCAACACUCAUGGAGGCUCUGGCGGCCAAUGGGACAGCUAGCCUGCAGAGUGCAGUGGCAGGAGUCACUGCAGUCUCCGGGGUGGCCGGGAAACGGCGCUUCGAGGAGCAGCGCUCAGUCUUCGACAAGCGCCUUCGGUUCAGCGUCCGGCAGACUGAGAGUGCCUACCGCUACAGGGACCUUGUCGUCAAGAAGCAGGAUGGCUUCACCCACAUCCUGCUCUCCACCAAGUCCUCGGAGAACAACUCACUUAACCCCGAUGUGAUGAAGGAGAUGCAGAGUGCCAUGGCCACAGCAGCGGCAGACGACAGCAAGCUGGUCCUGCUGAGCGCCGUGGGUAGCAUCUUCUGCUUCGGCCUGGACUUCAUCUACUUCAUUAGACUGCUCACCGACGACCGCAAGAAGGAGAGCAUCAAGAUGGCUGAGACCAUUAGGACAUUCGUGAACACAUUCAUCCAAUUCAAGAAGCCCAUCAUCGUAGCCGUGAAUGGACCGGCGGUGGGCCUCGGAGCCUCUAUCCUCCCGCUGUGUGACGUUGUCUGGGCCAACGAGAAAUCCUGGUUUCAGACGCCCUAUACCACCUACGGACAGACACCCGACGCUUGCGCCUCCCUCACCUUCCCUCGCAUCAUGGGCGUGGCCUCGGCCAAUGAGAUGUUGCUGAGUGGGCGGAAGCUGACAGCCCAGGAGGCCUGCGCUAAAGGCCUCGUGUCCCAGGUGCUGUGGCCCGGGACUUUCACUCAGGAGGUGAUGGUUCGCAUUAGGGAGCUAGUCACUUGUAAUUCAGUUGUCCUGCGGGAGUCCAAAGCACUGGUGCGAAACGCGAACCGGGCCGCCCUGGAGCAAGCCAAUGAACGUGAGUGCGAGGCGCUGAAGAGAGUGUGGGGCUCUUCGCAAGGGGUGGACUCCAUCCUCAAAUACCUGCAGAAGAAGAUUGAUGAGUUUUAAGGAAAGCACGUAUUCCCCCUACGUUCCCAAAUAACCAGAAAAACAUGGCACUAGCAGUGCAUGGCGUUCAAUCUGUAGCCUCUCAAUAUCCCACCAUCCCUCUUGCAUGUAUGAGAGUACAGUGCAUUCGGAAAGUAUUCAGACCCCUUGACCUUUUCCGUUUUGUUACGUUACAACCUUAUUCUAAAAUGCAUCAAUUAAAAAAAAAAAAAAUCCUCAAUCUACAAACAAUACCCCAUAAUGACAAAGCAAAAAGUAGUUUAGAAAUUUUUGCACAUUUAUUACAAAUAAACUACUGAAAUAUCCCAUUUACGUAAGUAUUCAGACCCUUUACUCAGUACUUUGUUGAAGCACGUUUGGCAGCGAUUACAGCCUUGAGUCUUCUCUGGAGCAAGUUUUCAUUGAGGAUCUCUGUACUUUGCUCUGUCCAUAUUUCCCUCGAUCCUGACUGAUCUCCCAGUUCCUGCCGCGGAAAAACAUCCCCACAGCAUGAUGCUGCCACCACCAUGCUUCACCAUAGGGAUGGUGCCAGGUUUCCUCCAGAUGUGAUUCUUGGAAUUUAGGCCAAAGAGUUCAACCUUGGUUUCAUCAGACCAGAGAAUAUUGUUUCUCAUGGUCUUUGAGAGUAUAGGUGCCUUUUAGCACACUCCAUAGCAGGCCGUCAUGUGCCUUUUACUGAUGAGUGGCUUCUGUCUGGCCACUACCAUAAAGGUCUGAUUGGUGGAGUAGUGCAGUGAUGGCUGUCCUGCUGAAAGGAUCUCCCAGCUUCACAGAGGAACUGUGGAGCUCUGUCAGUGAACAUUGUGUUCUUGGUCACCUCCCUGACCAAGGCCCUUCUCUCCCGAUUGCUCAGGUUGGCCGGGCACCAGCUUUAGGAAGAGUCUUGGUGGUUCCAAACUUCUUCCAUUUAAGAAUGAUGGCGGCCACUGUGUUCUUGGACCUUCAAUGGGUUCUCUGCUUCUCCGAGCUAGAGGCGUCACUACAGACCCUGGUUUGAUUCCAGGCUAUAUCACAACCGGCUGUGAUUGGGAGUCCCAUAGGGCAGCACACAAUUGGCCCAGCGUCGUCCAGGUUUGGCCGGGGUAGGCAGACAUUGUAAAUAAGAAUGUAUUCUUAACUGACUUGCCUAGUUAAAUAAAAUUUAAAAAAUACUGCAGAAAUUUUUGGUACCCUUCCCCAGAUCUGUGCCUAGACACAAUCCUGUCUCUGAGCUCAACGGACAAUUCCUUUGACCUCAUGGCUUGGCUUUUGCUCUGACAUGCACUGUCAACUGUAGGACCUUUUUAUAUAGACAGGUGUGCCUUUCCAAAUCAUGUCCAAUCGAGUGAACUUACAACCAGUGGACUCCAAGUUGAAGAAACAUUUACAUUUAAGUCAUUUAGCAGACGCUCUUAUCCAGAGCGACUUACAAAUUGGUGAAUUCACCUUCUGACAUCAGUGGAACAGCCACUUUACAAUAGUGCAUCUAAAUCAUUUAAGGGGGGUGAGAAGGAUUGCUUUAUCCUAUCCUAGGUAUUCCUUGAAGAGGUGGGGUUUCAGGUGUCUCCGGAAGGUGGUGAUUGACUCCGCUGUCCUGGCGUCGUGAGGGAGUUUGUUCCACCAUUGGGGGGCCAGAGCAGCGAACAGUUUUGACUGGGCUGAGCGGGAACUGUACUUCCUCGGUGGUAGGGAGGCGAGCAGGCCAGAGGUGGAUGAACGCAGUGCCCUUGUUUGGGUGUAGGGCCUGAUCAGAGCCUGGAGGUACUGCGGUGCCGUUCCCCUCACAGCUCCGUAGGCAAGCACCAUGGUCUUGUAGCGGAUGCGAGCUUCAACUGGAAGCCAGUGGAGAGAGCGGAGGAGCGGGGUGACGUGAGAUCAAGGAUUAUCAAUGGAAAUGGGAUGCACCUGAGCUCAAUUGAGUCUCAUAGCAAAGGGUCUGAAUACUUGUGUAAAUAAUCAGAUUUUUAUUUUGAAUAAAUUUAAACAUUUCUAAACCUGUUUUUGCUUCGUCAUUAUGGGGUAUUGUCGAUUGCUGAGAAAAACAUUUUAUUUAAUCAAUUUUUAGAAUAAGACUGUAAAAAUGUGGAAAGUCAAGGGGUCUGAAUAUUUUCAGAAGGAACUGUAUGUAAUGACUUGUAUGUGCACACAUUGAAGGGGACCAGCUAAAAAUAACAUUUGUAGGCGUUCCUGCUAGACCUUUAAAUCCCGCCUUCCUUGCAUCCUGAUAACCUUGUGUUGACCCUUUACCCAAUAACCCUGACUUACGAAAUACAAUUUCCCAUGCUGCAUUACAGGUUCAACUAAAUUGAAGGGAUUGGAGGAGGAGAAGACAUUGAAUACACAAUGUGUCUUACAUAGCAGGGUAUCUGUCCUACUCAGCUCGGGAUUGAUUUGAGUUGGAUGUUGUAUCAACAUGGAUCAGCAUUUAUUUAUGACGUAACGAAAGAGCAAAUGUAAACAUUCAACAAAAACCCAAGCGACUUCCAUUGUGGAGCUUUGCACUAAGAUGUGAUGCUCUGAACUCAAUUAAGCUGUGUUGGAACUAACUCUUGGGAAAACAGUGUAGCCCAGUGGAUUGGUGUCUUAUUGGAUUCUCUACAUUAACUUUUUUCUUUAGACUCCUGUAAGACUUUCCAUACAAAGGACUUAUUGCUAUUAAGUUGAAUAGCGCCUGGGAUUCAAUCAAAGGCCCGUUGUUGAUAAUCGUAGAGCACUUCACUUUUGAAGGUUAUUUACGCCCGAGACGCGAUCUUCGAACGUCAGGGAAGUUUGUCAACAGUGUAGUGCCUUAACAACGUGCCUUUUAAUUGAAUCCGGUCCAAAGUCUGUCUCAGACUAACUUUUUUUAAAAGCUCUCGACUGUAUUUAGGUUUGUCUAACUGAUAUAGUCUCUAGAUAUUUCACCCAGGUAGUCUUUUUAUUUAUCUUAUUUGGCUUUGGGGACGGUAUGUGCUACCAAACAGUUUCUAUGGUAAAUUAUUUUGUUUUAAGUUAAGACUUUUAUUAGAAUAUUAUAAUUAAAUAUUCUGCAGCUUCUGAAUUAUUCCUUCCAUGAAACAUGCCCGCAAGGGAGAGACAAUUACAAGAUUCUAAUGCAAUAUUUGUAUGCAGUUGUGAUGAGGCUAGGGUACACAUUAAGGCUCUAGCUAAGCUCCAAAGCAGUGCCUUGUCCUUUACUUAUUUUUCCAUGACUUCACAAAUUGUGGGUUCUGAUCUGACGCGAUUAUCAGUGAGAAUAGCCUGUAAUGUUAUUGCAGUGAAAUCGGGCCAAUGCAGUGUGAUAGUUUAUGAAAACUAUCCAAAAAAAAAGGCACAUGCCAAGACAUGUUUAAUAAAUACAUCAGGGAAAACAUGUCAUUUCUCAGUACCAUGAAUAUAGUACCAUAAAUACAUCAGGCACAUGCUUACCCUGAUGUAUUUGUUAAACAUGUCUUGGCAUGUGAGCCUUUUGGAUAGUUAAUAUUCAUGGUACUGAUUUUAAAAUGGUGGAAAAUGUAAUUAUUUAUAUUGUCUGAAAGUAUAUGAAGUAUUUAAAUAUUUAAAGUGCAGCUGGUUUGGACAAAGUAGUUUGUUUUUGAGUCAUUGCUCAUGGUUUGUAAUUGCUGUUACUUCACAUUUAAAAAAAAAAAAUAUAUAUAUAUAUAUAUACCUCUUCUUGGGUCAGUCUCACUAUCCAGGUCAGAAUUCAGUUUUGGCAUUCAUACAUACUGUGCACUCUGAAAGUAUUCAGACCUUGACUUUCUCCACAUUUGUUACAUUACAGCCUUGUUCUAAAAUGUAUUUAAUAGUCCCCCCCCAUUCUACACUCCUCAUAAUGAAAAAGCAAAAACCGGUUUAGAAUCUUAAUUUAUUACAAAUAAACAUAAUUCACAUUUACAUAAGUAUUCAAACUGUUGAAGCACCUUUGGCAGCGUUUACAGCCUCGAGUCUUCUUGGGUCUGACGUUACUAGCUUGGCACACCUGUAUUUGGGGAAUUUCUCCCACUCCAUGGGGAGUGUCGAUGCACAACCAUUUUCAGGUCUCUCUAGAGAUGUUCGAUCGGGUUCAAGUCCGGGCCACUCAAGGACAUUGAGACUUGUCAUGAAGCCACUCAUGCGUUGUCUUGGCUGGGUGCUUAAGGUGUUUGUCCUGUUAAAGGUGAACCUGCUGAGUAAGUCGCUCUGGAUAAGAGCGUCUGCUAAAUGACUUAAAUGUAAAUGUAAAAUCAGGGGAGAAGGACCUUGAUCAGGAACCUGAUGGUCACUGGCAGAGCUCCAGAGUUCCUCUGUGGAGAUGGGAAGAUCUUCCAGAACGACAACCAUCUCCGCAGCACUCCACCAAUCAGGCCUUUAUGGUAGAGUGGCCCGACAGAACCACUCCUCAGUAAAAGGCACGACAGCCCACUUGGUGUUUGCAAAAAGGCACCUAAAGGACUCUGAUCAUGAUAAAUAUCAGGUUCUCUGGUCUGAUGAAACCAAGAAUGAAUACUUUGGCCUGAAUGCACCAUGCCUACGGUGAAGCAUAGUGGUGGCAGCAUCAUGCUGUGGGGAUGUUUUUCAGCUUUAGGAAGACUCUUGAUGGUUCCAAACUUCAUUUAAGAAUGAUUGUGGACAUUCAACUCUUUUUGGUACCCUUCCACAGAUCUGUGACUUGACACAAUCCUUCCUGUCUCUGGCCUCUACGGACCAUUCCUUUUGACCUCAUGGCUUGGUUUUUGCUCUGACAUGCACUGUCAACUGUGGGACCUUAUAUAGACAUGUUUGUGCAUUUCCAAAUCAUGUUGAAUCAAUUGAAUUUACCACAGGUGGACACCAAUCAAGUUGUAGAAACCUCUCAAGGAUGAGCAAUGGAAACAGGAUGCAUCUGUGCUCAAUUUCGAGUCUCGUAGCAAAGGGUCUGAAUACUUGUCCUUUUACUCCUUUUAAUACAUUUGCAAACAUUUCUAAAAACCAGUUUUUUGCUUUGUCUCAUUAUGGGGUAUUGUGUGUAGUUUGAGGAAAAACUAUGUAUUUCAUCAAUUUGAGAAUAAGGCUGUAAAGUAACAAAAUGUGGAAAAAGUCGAGGGGUCUGAAUACUUUCUGAAUGCACCGUAGGUGGUGGGCUGUAGCAAGCUAUCUGCUAUAGUUUUUCAGAUGAUUGAUUUAUGAGGGGGGAAAACUAAGUAAUUUAUUUUAGAAUAAGGCUGUAAAGUAACAAAAUGUGGAUAAAGUCAAGGGGUCUGAAUACUUUCCGAAUGCACUGUAUAGGUAUCCGAUUGUUACCACUGCACAUUUCAUUCACAUUACAGAUUAAGGGCUGGAUAACAUUUAAAGAUACUUUUUUUGUCUUUGACCUAUACCCUCUCCAGGAAAGAUGCAAUCUGCCCCCAAAUAUUGUGCCUGAUAAGCAUGUCAUAUCUCCUUGUUUUAUCUUGUUUCAUUAAACAUUUAUCACUGAA